UUUCAGUUUCAUCUUGCCCGUCUAGAACCAGCUGAGCACAGGAGAGGAAGGAGGAAGUGGGCGUGAGAGAUUAUUUCCACCUCGCUGGUUUAUUUGAUACACUCACACAACUGACUGAGGAAGAAAAGGAAGAGAAGUCAGAGCCUCAUUCCUCAUUCAUUAUAUCAGAAUGACUUCAACAGCUACUUUGUUGACUUCUGCAGUUCUUCACAUUUAGUCUUAUUUUGACGUAUCAGUGGAGGAGUUAUUAUUCUUUGGAUAACUUAAAAAAAAAAAAAAAAAAGAAGAAGUCUAAUCAUGGUCCUGCCGAACCUGUGUCAAGCAGCCUUCACGGUGCUCCGGCAGAUAGAGCCGAUUCUCGUGCUGGAGCAGCUGGGCAGCACUCUCUUCGACACCGCCCUGCAGAUGGUGGUCAAGGACCAGUGUGCCAACGCCACCUACCCCGAAACCCAUCUCUCCAGGGAGGACAGCCAGCAGAAAGCCAUGUCGGACUUCUACAUGACCUACAACCUCAUCAUCCAGCUGACUCCGAUCUUACCUGCGCUGCUCCUUGCCAGGUUAGGCGACCGCGGCUGGAGGAGAGCCCCCAUCGUGGUGCCCCUGAGCGGGUACCUGCUGUCCAGGAUCGCCCUGCUCCUGGUGGUCAUCUUCCGCCUCCCGCUGGAGGUGAUGUUCGGCGCGGCGGUUCUAUUCGGGCUGUCCGGCGGGUUCUGCGCCUACUGGCCCGGCGUGAUGACGCUGGCGUCGAUCGGCUCCACGGAGACUGACCGGUCCAAGGUGAUGAUGAGAGUGGAGCUGCUGUAUGGGGCAGCUGGUCUGGUGGGCAGUUUGGCGUCGGGUCAUCUGUUCCUGCUGUACGGCUCCAGUUUGGGACAUGGAACCAUCCUGCUCACUGUGAGCGCACUGCUGCACCUGCUCAGCCUUAUACACUCCAUAGUCCUGCUGCAGGUGAAGCAAGUCUCCAAAAAAGAGCCAGAGGAGAACAGCCAGCUCCCUUCUCACGCCUCCAGUAAUGUUGCAGUGGAGGCUCCUGCUGGGAUAAACAUGGUGAACGUGGCCCUGCUGUUUGCAGCUGCCGUGCUGUACGGCUCUGCAGUGGGUGGAGCCGUAGAAAUACUGGCCGUCUUUGUGAUGAAACAGCCACUCAGCUGGAACGCCACUCAGGUGGGUUAUGGGAACGCAGCAGGCUCCAUGAUUUUCCUCACCAGUUUCCUGGGUGUCAUUGUGUUUCGUCGCUGCGUCAGCGACGUGAUGCUCAUUCUGAUCGGCAUGCUGUCGUUCGCCUCUGGAAUUUACUUCAUGUCCUUCGUCACGGCAACCUACAUGUUCUACCUCGCUCGCUCGCUCAACCUGUUUGCUCUCAUCCCGAUGCCAACUAUCAGAUCUCUGCUCUCACAGCAGGUUCCAGCAUCCUCAUGUGGCAUCACUCUCACCUCCCUGCAGUUGGCUCUGAAGUUUGCCGGUCUGGCGUACAUCCCUGCCUUUACUAAGAUCUAUCAGAGAACCCUGGACUGGUUCCCAGGCUUCGUCUUCACACUCUCCAGCAUCUUUACAGUACUGGGAAUGAUACCCAUCAGUAUCGUCGGCUGUAGAUCACCUCAGAGGCGACAGUAUGAGAGGAUUCAGGGAGACUGAUGGCACCGACAUCACCACCAGCAGUGAGUUAGCACUGGUACGAGGCAGACAGUAACUGAGACUUGAAAUGGGCAAAAGGAGAAUGGUGUCUUUAAUCUCACUUCCUACAAUUUUAAAACUAUAGACAGGAGUUCCUACAGGCUUUGGUUGUUACAGGAGGAACAGACAGCAGGUUUUAUGUUUUCACGAGCAUUUUAUAUUUAAAAACAGAAAUGAUCUGAUAUAUUUUAAUGAGGCCUAUGCAGACGUAUACAUGCCCAGAGAUUAUUGCAUGAAAAUAUCCCAACCCAGUUUGACAAGUCAGUCUGACAAGAGUUUUAAAUUGUUGAACUUUUGACAGAGAUGCAGGCAAAUGUCAGUAACCAAGGGAUUUCAUCAGCCAGUGAAAGUCAUGUCCACAAAUCCAAUGUGAUUUCAACAUAAUGUGGAUUUGUCAUUGAAUGCGUCAGACAUAAAAAGUCCCUUGCGAGCACCACCUAAAGAAGGAGAAUGAACUAAAAAUAAGUUUCCUGUUUGUGUUCCUCAAACUGGAUCACAUUUAGUCUUCAGUCGUAAAUAUCAAAUAUUUGAUACCAUUGUGACUCUGACACUUCAUUGGGAAGUGUCAAGAAUAUAAAGUUUGACACAAGUUGGAAUAUGAAUUUCCAGUAACCAGUACAUCUGCUGAUACAUGCAGCAUCAGUGAGGAUUUUACAUUGUUAUUGGGAUUGCGUACUUUGGCUUUAGAUUAUUUUGUUCUGAGAUGUGUACACCUGCAGUGUUUUGUCCAUACACAUUGUUGAUGAAUUGUAGAUUCAUUAACUGUAGUGAGAAUGUGGCCAAAAACCAUACCAACUGUUGUCUUCCAAAAUAGAAAUGCUUUGUAAAUAGAUUAAAAUCAAAAUAGAUGCACUUUAUGGUAUUUUGGAGUGCAACAAGAGUUACUUGCUACACAUAUUAUAUUAUUAUUAUUUUAUGCAUUAAUAUAUUAUUGCACUUCUACUUGUUGUCACUUUGAAAAGCACACAUACAAAAGGGUAGGUGUCAAUGAGUUUCUCAAUUUAAAUAAAGGUUAUUACACUUAAGGUACAAUUUGGGUAAAUUGUAAAUGUAAAGGUUAGAAUAAAAGGGAAAACAUUUGCAGUAAUGAAAGUUGUAUAAAAGGUCUAGUUUUUUUUAUAAACAUUUGUUUUGAGGUUUGUAAUUUGAUUUUGUUUAUAUGAAACUAACUGGAUACAAUGUAUUAUGAAAUUCACUUGAAUUCUGCAAAUAAGUGUUCAAAACAUUAAAAUGGAUUUUUCGAAAUGAUAA